AUGGUGACGGGCGGUUCCGGCUUGGUCGGUGCGGCGAUCCGCGAAUACGUAGAAGGCACCGGUGCGCUAGAAAACGAGAGUUGGAUCUACCUGAACAGCAAGGAAGGCGAUCUCCGCAAUCGUGCGGAUACGGAAAAGAUCUUCGCCAAGUACCAACCCACGCACGUGAUUCAUUUAGCCGCAAAAGUCGGAGGUCUCUUUGCCAAUAUGGCGCAAAAGGUGGAGUUCUUUCGGGAGAACAUUCUCAUCAACGACAACAUUAUGGAAUGCUCGCGUAUCUACAAGGUGGAGAAGCUCGUCAGUUUCCUCUCCACCUGCAUCUUCCCGGACAAAACAACGUAUCCAAUUGACGAAACCAUGUUGCACGAUGGUCCGCCGCAUCCUUCCAACGAAGGCUACGCCUACGCCAAGCGCUUGAUCGACACCAUGAACCGAGCCUAUGCGGAAGAGUACGGCUGCAACUUUACUUCCAUCAUCCCCACCAACAUUUACGGCCCCCACGACAAUUUCAGUAUCCAGAACGGUCACGUGAUUCCCGGACUCAUCCACAAGUGCUACCUGGCCAAAAAGGACAACACUCCGUUUACGAUUUGGGGCAGUGGAACGCCGUUGCGUCAAUUCGUUUACAGCCGUGAUCUCGCCGAACUCACGGUCUGGGUCAUGCGAGAGUACCACGACCCGACACCAAUUACGCUCUCGGUGGACGAAGAAGAGGAAGUCUCCAUUAAGGACGUGGCCUUGGCCGUCGCCAAGGCCAUGCAGUUUGACGGACAAAUCGUUUUUGAUACUUCCAAAGCAGACGGACAGUUCAAAAAGACGGCGUGUAACAAAAAACUGCGUUCCCUCAAAGCAGAUUACGAAUUCACGUCCAUGCCGGACGGUAUCCAACAGUCCGUGGACUGGUUCGUAGCCAACUACGACAGCUGCCGCAAGUAA